AUGAAUACACAUACUCGAUAUAAAGAUGAACUUAAAUCAAUCAUUGGACUAUAUGAUAAUCUUAUUCCAUUACGAUGUCAAUUAGAUCGUCAUGAUUCAUUUCAUCAAUUAGUUGAGUAUGUUCAAGAAAUGGCAACAAAUUGUAUGAAAUAUUUAUAUUUUCCUCUUCAACAUAUUCUUGCACAACAUUCUGAUAGUUUAAAACCUACAUUGCUUGAUAUAUCUUUUGAUUUUAUCACAAUUGAGAAGAAAAUAAUGACUGGUGAUAGUGAACUUUGUAGUAUUCCAUUAUCAAUUGUAAUGGAUGAAGAUGAAGAUGUAAACAAGUUUGAUUUCGUUCUUACUAUUCAAUAUGAUCUCAACAUAAAUCAAUUCUCAUGUAUAAUUAAUGCAUCACUCGAUUUAUUCAAUCAAGAGACGAUAAAUAAGAUUUCACAACAAUUUCAGUCAAUAUUAUAUGACUUGUUUACAUCUAUUAAUAAUAUGACGAAGAAUAAAUCAAUUUAUGAAAUAUCAAUAAUGCUACCGAAUGAAAGAUUACUUAUACAAUCAAUGAAUAAUACACAAGUAUUGUUUCCUUCUGUCACUUAUAUGCAUCAUGAAUUUAUUUAUCAAGUAAUACAACAUCCACAAAAAAUAGCUGUUGAACUUGAUGAACAAUCAUUAACAUAUACAGAACUUUCAUAUUAUGUUCAACAACUUUCUCUCGUCUUAUUGAAUAAAUACAAUGUGAAAUUAAGUGAUAUCAUUUGUCAAUGUAUAGAGCGAAGUUUAUCUAUGGUCAUUGGCAUUUUAUCAAUUAGUAUGGCUGGCAGUGCCUAUUGUCCUUUAUCAUCACAAGAUCGUUCACAACGUCUACAAAUUCUUAUGAAAGAAACUCGAAGUCAUCUAGUUCUUGUUCAUUCGUCUACACGUAUUCUUUUUGAAAUCGAUAUUAUAACUUUAAAUAUUGAUACAAUUAUAAAUAAUGAAGAAAAUUCUACUAGUAUUCAUCUGACUCAAAUGUCAGAUGUACCAAUAACACCAGAAAAUAUUCUCUUUGUAAUUUUUACUAGUGGAUCAACUGAUAUUCCGAAAGCGGUUCAACUACGUCAUCGAAAUUUCACUCAAUUUUUACGCUUAUUUGUUCGUCCUGAUAUAUUAACAAAAACUAAUACAAUAAUACGGAUAGCUCGAUAUUUUUUUGAUAAUUACCUAUUAAGUCUUGUUGGUACAUUAACUAUUGGAGCUACGUUAAUAAUACUUCGACCACAAGGUCAUAUGGAUUUAGAUUAUCUUGCAGGAGUAUUGAAUGAAAAACAGAUUACUGUUAUACAAGCUGUUCCAUCUUUAUGGAAUAGUCUAUUUAAUUUUCUCAAUACUACUAAUCGAAAAUCAUCAGUACAAUGGUUACGAACUGUAUGCAGUGGUGGUGAAGUUCUUAACAAUAAACUAGUUGAUUUAUUAAAAAGUCAAGUGAGAAGUGAUUGUCGAAUUCGAAAUCAUUAUGAUCCAGCUGAAAUUACUAUUAAUUGUAUCAAUCGUCUAAUUGAUCUAAAUAAAGAUCAAACAAAUAUUCCAAUAGGUCAAUCUCUUCCUGAUUAUCAAUUUUUAAUAUUAGACAUGUUUUUACAAACUGUUGGUAUUGAACAGGAAGGAGAACUAGUUGUUGGAGGUGUUGGUGUUUUUGCUGGAUAUCUUGGUUGUGAUGAUUUAACAGCUAAAAUAAUGAUUAAUAUUAAUGAAUAA